AUGAAACGCACUGUGAAACCUGCUUACCAGAACAUGCUGCUCUCUUACGAGAAGAACUUCGAUAACACCUGUACCCUCUUUGGGAUUGAUUUCUCAGUAAAGGUUGGUCAGAUCCUAGAAAGUGGUUGUGCGAAGACCGAAGAGGAGGAAGCGCCGGCCGCCGAGCAGGACUGUCAGGUGUUCUCCGGCUCUGGCGUGUGUAAAUGGUUCAAUGUGAGGAUGGGCUUCGGCUUCCUCUCCAUGACGAACCGAGAGGGAACCCCGCUGGAGGCCCCGGUCGACGUCUUUGUCCACCAGAGAUCCCGAGCUCAGUCCAUCGUCCCCUGCACUGUGGCGCAGGUGCUCUCUGUCUCCCAGACAGAGGAUGUCUUCAGAUUUGGAGAAGUAGAGCUGUCACAGGUGACCCUUGUGGGAGUGAUCCGUCAUGCGGAGAAAGCACCCACCAACAUCCAGUAUAAGCUGGAUGACAUGACCGCCCCGCCCAUUGACGUCAGACAGUGGGUGGAUACAGAUGAAGGAGGUGGGGAAAAUAUUGUUGUGCCUCCAGGCAAUUACGUUAAAGUGUCAUGUCAUCUCCGCUCUUUCCAGUCCAAGAAGAGUCUGGUUGCCUUUAAUGUCAGGCCUUUGGAGGAUAUGAAUGAGUUGACCUCUCACAUGCUGGAAGUGGUUCAUGCCCAGAUUCUCCUCAAUAAGCCGCAGCCUGUGCUGGGUGGUGGUGGCAUGAAUCAGAGCCUCAGCGUGCAGAGAAGCAUGGAGAGCGGAUUCUCGGGAGCCGGGGAUGAUGGGCUGAACGGCUUGACACCACAGCAGAGUCAGGUGUUGAAUUUGAUCAAGCAAUGUAAAGAAGAGCAAGGGAUAAGUAUUCACGACAUAAAAAUCAGGCUUAAGGGAAUGAACGCCAUGGCCGUCAAGCAGGCUGUGGAGUUCCUCGGUAAUGAAGGGCACAUUUAUUCCACUGUGGACGAGGACCACUUCAGAUCAACAGAGGCGGGGAACUGAGAAACGAGGAGGAAUCCACUCCCGUUAGUGCUGCCCAAACAGUUUCUUUUCACAAGCUUCGAAGAACUGAAGGGCCAUCCAGUUGCGAGCGAAAAACUGAUAACGUGUAUUGGUUUAUUUCAGUUAGUUCCUGCUUUUAAAAGCAUCUUAUAUCCUGAAUAAAGAGGAAGCCUACAGUCUUACUGCAACACUCUUUUCUGAAGAUGCUUACUUAUAUUAAAAGUACCCCCCCCCCAAAUUAGUAUAUUGUACGAGCACUUGCACAAUAUCCAGUUGCAAUAAAUAACACUGGUGGCAUUUUAGUUAUACUUCAGUUUUGGGUGACAGUCUUGUCAUGUUGGUUUUGUAUUGUGACUGUUCUUUUGAUCCCCAAAGCAGAAAAUAAAAGCUGUCAUUUGCAGGACUGGUAAAUAAUAGGCUGUGUGGUUCUGAAUCGGAUAUAUCAGCGGCCCUGACUAUUGAGGCGAAACUGACUUCCCCAAAUGAAGCAGGGGAGAGAGAUCUAGAGAUGAGUAUUUAGAUUUGUAUGUGUUUCCUCAGACCUAAAAUACUUCAAAGCAGUGAACCUGCACAUCGAUCCGUAAAGCAUGCUGUGCACACCAGUUCCCUUGACACUUUCAGGGUGUUGUUCCCUUUGUUGUAAAUCCCCUUAUCCCUGUGACUAGUCAGGGGUGGUCAAAGGUGGUGAUAAUGAAACCAACAAAGAGGAGAAUUUGAAUUGCUUUAGUGCUCAAUAAGACCUGACUUAAUCAGAAGUCAUAAAGAAUUCUAGCAGUUGGUGAGGUUGCUCACAUUUGACAUUUAAAUUAACUGUACUGUGGCUUUUUAUUUUUUUGAGUGGGGAAGUCACCCUAAUAGAUGUAGGGUAUACAGUAUUUUUUGUAUGUGAUCAGUUAAUAAAUGGCAAUUGUAUACAA